AUGAAACCAUCAGAGAUUAAGGCUAAAGAGAAAGAACAGUCAACGGUGUUGAAGAAGAAGGCAGCUGAACCUGAGGAAAAGAAACCAACUUCUAUAAAAGUUGCUGCAUUAUCCAGGAAACCGAACGCUGAUUCCACUGCUGCUAAAGAUGGUGGCGAGCAAGACCGUCUCAAGAAGGCUAGAGAUACUGCAAAGAAGGUAGACGAUCAGAAAACAGCUAAGACUGAGCCUUCGAAGACAUCACCAAAGCCAGCAUCGAACUUGAAGAAGACAGAGAACGCCGAUAAGGAUGAGAAGGAGAAUGAAGAUGAAAAGGAAAACGAGGCGGUUGAGAGGCCCCAGAAAUUGAUGCCUAGAUCUAAGAAGUCUGUUAGCUUUGAAAAGGAUGAUAAGGAGGACAAAACGAUUGAGAAUGGACCAUCCACACCAGUCAAAACUCCGGAAUCUAAGGCCAAGACGCCAACAACUACGGAUAAAGCGGAAAAGACAAAAGAGGCAUCUGCGGAGAAGACACCAGUGACGCCGACCUCCACAGACAAGCAGAAGGUGGCGGAUCGCAAGAAAACGAGCUCUUCAGAAGAACCUACGGAAGCUAACGGCGUUUUACCGUCGGGUAGAAAAUCUACAGAGGAUGAUGACACCGAGAAAGACCCUGAAACGAAGCCUGUUAAGAAAAGCUCCGUGUCGCAGGCCGCAACUGAACCAGAGAAAUCGCCUGAACAUGUCCCAGAUGACGUCAAGGAAGUGAAGUCUCCAGAGAGCUGGAGAAGGACGAGCAAAGUCGAUGACAGCUGGAGAAGGACGGGUACGAGCAAACUCGAUGACAGCUGGAGAAGGACGAGUAAACUUGAUGACAGCUGGAGAAGGACGAGUAAACUCGAUGACUAUAAAACAACAUCAAAACGGUCCUCACUCUCUUCGAGGCGCUACUAG